UUAAAAAAAAGAAAGUAUCACGAACACGAACGGAACGAAAGAAACUAAGGCCCUAUUCACCGCUGAGCUGAGUUCUCGAGAUAAAUUUGUUUUCAAGAACUUAGCCAGACGAAUUUAGGCUACAAUGACAACACCAACGCCUUCACUUGAUUUGAAACUCCGCAAUCAGCUGACAAGGUUCCUUCAUACGGGAAAUGAGGUCCCCAAGUAUUACCCGGGCUGCUGGACGUCACAAAAAUACUUUCAAGCUGAUAACUUGAAAACAAUUGAUGAGGCACUUGCUAAUGGAGUCAAUAAUCUUGAAGUUGUGGAUGUAAUUUUAAAGGCUUACAAAGAUGGGUGGUACACAAGAUUUGAAACCAUUGCUUUUGCUCUCACGAAGUGCCUAUUGCUUGGAAGUGCCGAUGUCAAAGCUGCUACUUACAAAGCUGUUGGACAAAUUUGCAACACUCCUGAACAGAUGAUGCUAUUUUGCAAAUACACAAGGCUAUUGAAAACAGGAAAUGGCCAAGGUUGGUGCAAGAUCGUCAGGUCAUGGUACACCUCCAAGGACACCAUGGAACUAGCAAAGGAACUCACCAGGGUGAAGGCUCGCCACGGCCGCUCUCACAACACCCUCCUCAGGAAGAGCCAUGUUAAGGUCGACGAAAAUGAUAAAGCCCGCGACGCGGUAAUCAAAUACGCUAUCUACGGUUUGAAAAAAGCAAAGCAACUGGCCGCCGACCACGAACAGACAAAGACUGUGCUCGACUAUAUACAAAAGGUGGAGGACUUGAGGCACUGUGAGGAUCCAGUCGCGGCGGCCGCGAUGGUCGAACAACAUCGGUUCACGCUUGACCACAUACCCGGACAUUUGCUGACUUCACAGGAUGUGUGGGACGCAGUGCUCCCACACAUGGAGCUCAGCGAUCUCCUAUACAACGUGCAGCGCGUGCACAAUAUGGGUUUCCUCACGAGCGACUCGCCCACCACCGCGAUCCUGGUGUCUCUGCUCAGCAACAGUGACGUCAUCAAGAAGUCCAAGGUCACGCCCAUCGAGGUGUACAUCACGCUGAAUAAUUAUAAAAGAAAGAGCAGACCGCUGAAACACGAGAAAGCAAAAGUGGCCGUGGAGAAAGAGAGACGCCGCCGGGCCCGCCAGAUAUUCGACAGCAAAACCGGGCUCUGGGAGUGGUCGGUCACCCGCCGUCACCCCAAGGAGGUCAAGCAUUGGGGCAUCGACCAGCCCCCGAACCAAGCCGUGCUGAACGCACUAACGAAUCUGGUGGACAUGACCUGGUCGCUCACGCCCAAAACUGGGGCGCGCUACCUUAUCACUAUGGACAUGAGACCGCACAUGUUUAAAGGCCGCCACUUCUGCAAGAACUUCGUGCUACCCAAGAAGGGUCGCAAGACGACCGCCACCGCCACCCCGACGAAGGCCGCGCCGGCGCCGGCGCCCGUCAGCGCCGCCGGCGACGGCGACGCCGAGAAGAAGUGCAAGAAACACCUGCUCGCCGAGUGCUUCUAUAAUAAACACGUCACACCGGGACAUGCCGCUAUCAUACUGGCUCUUCAGAUCCUGAAGCGCGAGGACAACGUGAAGCUCGCCGUGUUCACGGACGAAGGCGUGCAAAUCGUGAACAUCGACAAGAAAUCGGCCUCUAUCGACCAGGCGGAGUACAAUCUCAGGAAAGCCAACCUCGGCCGAGUACAACUAGACGCGCCCAUCGAGUGGGCCGCCAAAAAGAAGAACAAGUACGACGUGUUUAUCAACAUGGUGGACCGGACCACGCGGUACAUGGAGCUGGACCAGGAGCAGCGGGGCGGGCGGGGCGCGGGGGGCAGGUUCGGGCCGCCGCCGGCGCCGGGCAAGGAGGUCCCCGACCACUGCCCCGUGAGGGCGCUCAUGCGUUACAGGGCGGCGGUCGAGGCGAAAGCCAAGCUUAUCGUGAUGUCGCUAGCGUCGCACCGCGUCGCGACAACCGACGGGAGCCACGAGGGCGUCCUCGACAUUAUCGGCAUCGACGAGCACACGCCCAAAGUCAUGGACGCAUUCACACUCGGACACUUCAAGUAAAACCCCUAAACAAAUGUCUUUCCGUAUAGAAGGGGCCUAAAUGUGGGUCCAGGCCGAAAUUCGCAAAUUGCGGGGAUUUUUCUCUUUUACUCUAAUGAAGGCGUAAUAAGAGUGACAGAGAAAAAUGCCCGCAAUUUGCGAACUUCGAUUUUCGCGGUUAUAGUCCAGGUUUGCCGAACGCUCCGCGAAUGAAGCUAUUCGCGGUGUAGUACGAUACUUAUGUAGUGCGCAAUUUGUGUAGCAUGUGAGCUGCAAAUGGCGGAUUAGCGGCGCAUUCGCCAGGUCUGGACGCUCCUUUACGCAGCGAUACCUCUAACAAUUAAGAGCAUUUAUUCAUAAUGCAGUAAGCGUAAAUCGCUGUGUAAGUGUAAAGCGUAGCUUGGUCCCUUUUAUGCGGCGUAAUACGAGAAUAAACUCUUUAGAAGGGGCGCUGGCAACGUGGACUAUUUGGUUAUAUAUCCAAUUUAAAUUUAUUUGAACAGUAUUCAUAAUUUCCAGUGACUGAAUUCAACUGUCAAUCGUAAAUUUUAUGGAGUAAGUUUCAAAUACCAUGCAUAAUUGAACACAAUAAAUAUAUUAAUGACUUGUGGUUUAUUUACCAAGGUAAACAACUGCAAUAACACUAUUAAAACUUGAAAAGGUCUAUUCCAAAACUUUGUAAGUUAUUUACAUUUAAUAAAAACCGUUGGAGUUCUAAUAAUUACAAUUAAUUUAAAAUAAAAUCAAGCCUUUGGUCCUUUGUGUCCUUGUGUGGUCCUUGUUCCAGCGUCGCUUCUAUUCGUUGAACACACAUCAACGCGUCAAUUCCCAAUAUUUGGUCCUUAAAUCGUAAGAAAACUACCGGUGUACCUCAUUAUAGUAAUCGAUUGAUCUGUGUGAGUUUUUUUUACCACAAAGUGUUCCGAAAAAUCAUGUGAUUGUGCGUCUGAAAGUAUUUUUUUAUCGAAUUUGUUUUGACGUUGCCGGAGGGCCGUCAUGGCUUCGGCCGCUUAUCUAGCUUUCGUUUGUUAAGAUAUGCUUGUUUUGCUUCUGAAAUUAGUUAAGGAAAACGAUUUAUUGAUAAGUUUUCUUGUUGUCAAGAUAUUGAAAAUUACUGAGUUGUCAAAAGAUCUCCUCUUAUCAAUAGGUACAUUUUUAUGAGUCAAGUAAAAAGGUUAGUGUCGACCUUACACAUAUCGCUAAUACACGAUAGUAUUAGGCUACUGCCUUCUUAUUGCAUUGUAUUCGCAUUGCAGUUGUAAGCCUCAUGACGACAAUGGGAUGAUAUUCUUAUUCGAAAUAUAUGGAAUACAUGCUUAAUAUGUCGUAUUAUGAUCGAUAAAAUGGCUGAAAGCGACAAUAAAGUUUGUACAGGAGUCAAUCUAUUUAAAACAUACAAAAUCACACUAUACACCGUGUUUUUUUUUAUUUCCGUUAAUUUCAAGGGUGCAUUUCUGAGCUUAAAUCAAGUAACUUUCUCAAAGACACCGAUGUUCUAAUUAACUCUAUUUCGGAGAUAAUCAAUAAUUUAUUUUUUCCUAUAAGGCCUCUACAAGCAUGUACACUUGCCUUAGAGCCGGUUUACAUAUUGAUUAGUGUUUAGAAUGAGUUCAUACAUUUGCUACUAAACUUAAGUACAGUCUCGGUCGAUCGAUGUUCGAAAUGACAUUGAUAUGUCACAGAUUUCAAUUGUUUGGUUGAGUUAAACGUAAUGCCCGUGUUACAACAACGCUAUAUGCUAUACUGUAUUACUUUUUAAACUUAAUUUUUAUUUCAACAAAAAGAUUUUUUUUUUAAUUAUGCCAUUUAGUUCUCUUAAACGUACUUAACCAUACCUCGAAGUUAACCGAAUUCAAUAAGAACACGGUGUAUAAUGUUGUGUAUUUUCCAGUAUUUUAAUUUUCAAGUAUGAAUAAUGGUGUGGUUCUUUAAUUUACAAUUUCUAGUUAUGUGAAAGCUAAAGAUUGAAUUGGAAAGUUAUUUGGUGUGUAGUUAUCGUUUCGUAUACCAAUAACGAGAUUGUGCUUUUUAGUGUUCCACGCGAAAACAUGACAGAAAACUUAAUUUUAUUUAUAUUGGCAUCUGAUAUCUGAUACAUAUUAUAUUUAAUAGCAGGAUGGAGUUAUGUAAACUGGUAUCCUUGUCAAACAUUUUGAUGAUUGGUUUGGUGUAUUUAUUUUUUACUGAAGCUUAUUUAGGAUAAUAAGAAAGUAAUGGUAUGUCGCUUACCUACUAUACUGUAGCUUUUAUGCAAUAUCCAAUGAUAGCACCCAGCCAAAUGAUUAAUAUGUUACAUAUAUCGCUCUACACAAAAUACCUAUUCAUGUAAAUUUGCCGCAACCUAUGAUUCUGUAUGAAAUAUCUUCCGUAUAACAUUGAAUUGUUUGAACUCCAAAUAUCCUGAAUCGCUAUAAAUUUGAUGUUGUAGAUCAACUCCACGUAUUGUUAGUUUUUGUACUGCAUGUGCUUAGCAAGUAUACAUAUAUAUAAGCAAGUUUUGUUGACACGUAGUUUAAGCAUAGUACAGGGUCUUUUUGAAUAUCAAAAUAGGCGCCUGUCUCUCUUGUUUCACACAAAUAAUCGGCGUGAUAAGGGGUAGGGAAUAUUUCUUUUAUUUAAAGUUUAUAAAAGAUUAUAUUUAUUACACCUUACAAUGAUUAUUUGCACCCUCCGAUCAUAUAGUCUUGCCAGUACUUUGAUGGUGGUAUACAUAUAACACGAUGAAAAAUAUUAUUUUUUGUGUAACUAAGUGCCUCGUAUGAAUAGUGAGUCGUUAAUAUUUAAUAUUAUAUUUGCCAAAGUAAUGUUGCAUUUGUAAUUUAGCCAUAAAGUACUGGCAGCUUUUGAUGUUGUAUUUUAAACUAUGGUACAUACAGCAUUUUAUAAUUACAUGUAUUAUACCGUAAUGGAAUACAUAACAUGCGACCAUUUGACCUUCUUUACAUAACGACUGUACAUAUUUAUAUGAUUUUAAAAUUUAGGACUAUUUUUGGGUCAAUCGCGGACGGUCUAGAACGCAAAAUGACUAUAGUAAUAUUUUGUCUACAUCGCAAACGGUCUAGAACGCAAAAUGCCCACUUUUUAUAUCACCACAUUUUACAUAGGUAAGUUGGGUUCGUUAGGUACCUUCAAAUGGCCGAAGGCUAAACAGCACAGGAUCGGAGCCCCGCGGAAGCGGGGCUCCUUCGACAUCGCUAUAAAGUUAAGAUAAAACGGAUAAAAUAAUGUGGGCAUUUUGCGUGCUAGACCGUUUGCGAUAUAGACUAAUAGCGAUAUAGACAAAAUAUUACACUAGUCAUUUUGCGUUCUAGACCAUCCGCGAAUAACUCCUAUUUUUGAAAGGUAUAUUCAUAAUGCUUAAAGGUGCAAAUGUUAAGAAAGAAGCUCGACAGCGUGAGGUACCUACUUUAAUUGUUAAAAUAUUAAAUAUCUGUUUGAGCACUCGAAUGCGGGUUCUCUUUCUUGACUUUUUCAACUAUUCUCCCCAAGGCCCAGCCAACCAUACACGACAGACAAUGUCUCAAUGGACAUUAAAUUCAAGACGUUAUAGUGUUGCAUUUCCUUUGUUCCGCCAUAUUUAGUGUUUCACCUUUCGCCCCGGGGUUACUGUUCUAUCUUAGCCAGUCACUGCUAACACACCGUAACAAAAGAAAUGCUGCUCUAUUAUUUAAUUUAAUAUGAAUAAUUCUCUGGUACUUACAAUAGGCCUUACGAGAUAUAAAUCCUUGCAUUCUCAAGACGUGCUGAUGCGAGCGAAAUUCUCCAAAUCUGUGAUGACUUUGGUACUCUCUGAUGGUUUAAGUGUUUUUUAUAACUAAAACGUCAUAUUGUUAUUUUACGCUUUGUUUAUCUACAUAAUAAACAACAGAUCGUUUUGUUAGAAAAUAUUUUAGAUAGAGUAAUCCUGUAAGUGUUAAGUAUUAUCUUUGUUGGUCGACGAAACAAUUGUUAUAAAUUGCGAUUGGUGUCAUAUAAAGCUGUUGGUAGUGACUACAUUAUUUACGAUACAUAUGAAAAUCUCUCGGAGCCAUCGACAAUAGAUACUUAUUAUCGUUAAAUAAAUUUAUGGCUAGUCACUAUAUCUCAAAAAUAGCAUUCUGUGAUUUAAUGAUACCUUGGCAAUUUCGGACUUUAUAGGACUCAUAGUAUUCGGUCCUGUGGUGACACGAAAAGAACUAACUUUAGUCUCUCUUUAUAAUAUUAUUUGUCGAAAUCGUCAAAGACUGGACCAAAAUACAGAUUAUUAUUUCAUAAUUCAUUAUCAACUAACAAUAACCAUAAAAGGUAAACAAACAAGAAUUAAAAUAUACCUAUAAGCUGGCAAAAGUGGGUAUCAUUCAUAGCGAACGCAAAAUUAAAUGUUUAAUAAUAGCAAUAAAUAAAUCUUCAUGUCGACAAAAAUACUUAUCAGAACCAAGACUACAUUUAUUUUAAAUGUACAUUGAAACACCACGGGGCCGGAUUCUAUACAGGAUACCUAAGGCAUAUAUUAUAAGGAUGCAGCCGCAUUAGGGAUAAUCUAAUAUAUAGUAUUACGCAUAUAAUGUAAAACACUUCCUGUUGUUGUUUCAUUUUUUUUUUAAAUUAGUGUUAUGAAGUUUUAUUUUACGUUUUAUUUUCUUUUCAGACACAUUUUUAAACAAGAGCUUGCUAGUGCAUUUUUUUAUUAAUCUGGAGAGAAAUAAUUGAUCCGUCCUAUUUUGAGUCGGAACGUAUUCAGGCACCUAAACAACUUUUAGUUUUAAGUGUUAGUACAUAGUUACAAUGAUAAUUAUUAUUAUUAUGUAUAACCCAUCCACAGCAGCAUACCAAUGGCACCAUUAAAGAUAACAAAAUGUAACAUUUAAAAAAUGUA